AUGGCCUUGCGUCUUGCUGAAGUAGGAUGGCAGCUUAUGCGCCGAGAAGUCGACGAUGAUGCCGACCCUGGCGGUGGCGACGUCGCUCAGAGCGAGAUCCCAUCGUCAUGGGCCAUCUUCAUCUCGAUAUGCCUGCUUAUAACGGCCCUCCUAACUAGCUAUCUCCUCCAGCAGAAGAAGAUUCAGGCAGUUCACGAGACGGUUAUCUCCAUCUUUGCAGGAAUGGUUGUCGGCAUCGUUCUUCUCAUUACUCCAGGCGACUCGAUCCGAAACCUCAUCAAGUUCAACUCGGGCAUCUUUUUCAAUCUCCUCCUCCCACCAAUCAUCCUUUCCUCAGGCUACGAACUCCACCAAGCCAACUUCUUCCGUAACAUCGGUGUGAUUCUAACCUUUGCCUUCGCCGGCACGUUCCUCUCGGCCAUCGUGAUCGGCUUCCUGAUCUGGUUCUUCUCGCUCUUCCCCGGAGCCAUCAACCUAAGCCUCGUCGACGCCAUAUCCGUCGGCGCCACGCUCUCGGCCACCGAUCCCGUGACCAUCCUCGCCAUCUUCAACUCGUACAAGGUCGAUCCCAAGCUCUACACCAUCAUCUUUGGAGAGUCGAUCCUCAACGAUGCUAUUGCCAUCGUCAUCUUCGAGACGGCGCAGCGGUACAAGCAUGGGUCUGGGCCCGAUAUGGGGUUCCUGAGCUUCCUUGAGGGUUCGGGUAUUUUCUUGCUCGUCUUCUUUGGGAGUUUGAUGAUUGGCGUGCUCGCGGGUGUGGGCACGGCGCUUCUUCUUAAGUUUACGUAUAUUCGGAGGUAUCCGAAGAUUGAGAGCUGUCUUGUGGUUCUUUUUGCGUAUGCCACUUACUUUUUCUCGAAUGGCGUGCACAUGUCGGGUAUUGUGUCGCUGCUCUUCUGUGGUAUUACUAUGAAGCACUACGCCUACUUCAACAUGUCUCGACGCACGCAGCUUACGACAAAGUACAUCUUCCAAGUCCUAGCCCAGCUAUCUGAGAACUUCAUCUUCAUCUACCUCGGACUGUCGCUCUUCACCGACAGCACCCUCGUCUUCCAGCCACCGCUCAUCAUCGUCACCGUUUUGGCGGUUUGCGCCGCUCGUUGGGUAGCGGUCUUCCCUCUCUCGAGCCUGAUCAACUUCGUUAUUCGGUACCGGGCCAAGCGCCGCGGUGGGGAGGUGGCAGACGAGCUUCCUUACAGCUACCAGGCCAUGCUUUUCUGGGCCGGCCUUCGCGGAGCCGUCGGAGUUGCGCUAGCGGCGCUCUUGGCCGGGGAUGCGAACUCGGCUGCUCUGCGGGCGACUGUACUGCUCGUCGUCGUGCUUACCGUUAUUAUAUUUGGCGGCACAACGGCGCGGAUGCUGGAAAUUCUGGGUAUCCGUACGGGCGUGGUGGAAGAAGUCGACAGCGAUGACGAAUUCGACAUCGAGUCUUUCGGCGGUUACAAGCCAGGCGGCUUUGGAAGGCGUAACGGAAGCGUUGCGCUCGACCAGCUCGGGCUCUCGCGAGAUCGCAGUCGUAACGGCCACUACGCCUCGGGACAUGCGGUGUCGCCGCACAGCGCCAACGGGCCUCGGACGAAUAUGAGCAGGAAGAAUUCGUCGCGCGGCGAUGAGGCGGAAAGGGCGGACCUCUUGGCUGGCAGCAGGAGUCCGACGGAGUCAGAUAUUGGUAGCGAUAUCGAUACUUCGGAUCUACCGCCGCCUGUGAGACGGUCACCUAGGCCGAGGACGAGUCCGAGGCCAGGCGGGGAGAGUGACAGCGCAUUCCGACGGCCGUGGCCUUCGGCGGAGGCGGCGACGACCCCCUCGGGCAGCAGCCCGGCUGUCAGCGCUAGGAGCGCUAUUAGGCAGCUUCUCACGGCUGAUGAUCCUAGUGUGUUCUUCCGGCAGUUGGAUGAGGAUUAUAUCAAGCCUACGCUGCUUUUAGAUGGGGCUAAUGGACGUGGAGGGAAUAACGGACAUGGGCCUGGUGGCGGUGCUUCUGGUGGUAACGGAGGGGCUGGACCAAGUGGAUUAUGA